CGUGCGAUUGUGUGAGUCAUGGUGGAAAAUUCGAGGCAAGCGUACCGAUGCGCAAAGAACAAGCAUAAGCGAAGAAGAUAAAGAUAUCGAUUAAAAUUUCUGCUACAAAAAUAAAUAUAUAUGUAACGCAUAUUGUAAAUGUCCUAAGUUAAGUGAUAUAAAUCAAAUAUUUGUGUAAAGUUUAAUAUUUUAAUACGCGUCGAAGUACAACGAGUGAGGCUACAGAAAAGCACACACUAAAGUGAAGUACUUGGCGAGCGAAAAUAACGGAAAUCGAAUUCGAAAUAAACGCUGCGCAAUAGACGGUGGUGUACAUAAGAGUUUAACAAAAUCCGAAUCAGAAUCAGUUGAAAGUGUGAUUUUUUUGAGCCUUUGUCUGUAAGUGAAGAGAAAGCUUUAAGCGGAAUUACAUCUAUAUAUAUAUAAAUAUAUAAAUACGAAGCCAGCCCGUCGCCAUUUUGAAAGUGAUUUUACAAUACACACACACACGUAUAUACACAGCUGCGAACACAUACACAUAUAACCCCAUAUAAAAUCCGAAGUAAAGAGUAUAAAAAACGCAAAACAAACCAAUUCCCGCAACAUUUUAAAGUGAAACAUCUAGAUCAAAGCAACUUUUAACCCAAACUCAACCCAUUUUGUAUAUAACGCUUGUCGAAAUAUCGGAAUCUGUAUAACGAAGUGGCUGAGAAAACUGCGACACACACACGUACGCACGCUCGUUGGUGUGAGAAGGUCUACGGCAAAAAAGAUCAGCACGGCUUGGAAUGCGAAAGCAGCAGUUAAAUCAGCUAAGAACAGAGAAGAGUUUGCGAAAUUAUAGCUAAGGAUAGCUUAACCGGAGUAAAGAGAUAAAUCAACAGACUGAUAAACAAUACAUAACGUUACAAGUAAAACUAAAUAAAGUAAAGUAAACAGCAGCUGUACAUAAAACAUAAAGGCGAGACCCAGAACCAGGAGAAGUGGAAAAGCAGCUACGUGCUCGGCCGCCCGUCGCCCUUUUCGUUUCCAUUUUGGAGGUCAUCUCAACUUCGGCGACUAUCAGCAACCAAAGAAAACAGAGCGGCGCAGCUAGAUCAACAUCUCAAUAGCAAUAGUAGCAGAAGCAGAAGGCGUUUGGUUUCGAUUUAUAAAGAAUUGAUUUAAGUGCGUGUGAUAUUUAACGUUAAGCAUUAAUUUAGCGAAUUAACCAAAAACAAAAAGGCAAAACAGCAGAAAUUUUAAUAAGAGGAAAGUGAUCCAGAGAGAUUAAGAGAAGAGGAGAGCAGAGCAGAGAUAUCGAUCCAGAGAUCGUAAAGCGACGAAAUUACUAUGACAUACUCGCACAAUAGCGUUAGGAACAACAUCAGAAUGACAACCGCAUCGGCCACCAAGUCCAUACGAUUAAAAAAGGGAGCAGCAUCAGCGACCUCCGCAUCCAACUCAUCCACCCCCUCGCCCACAUCCGCACCCGUCUCCCCCACAUCCGUAUCCGCAUCCGCACCAGCAACGCCCUUGGUAACUGCACAUUCCAACAGUAUUGCCAGCAGUACAAAUAACGCCCCUUUCCUGAGCUCCUCGCCCACGAGUCUCGGUCUUGGCCUGGGUCUAUCCGCCCUUGCCACGCCCCCCAACCAGAGGCAGCGGCAACUCCAGUCCCAAUCCCAGUCGACCGGAUCCAAGAACAAGCAUCAGCAGUCGCAGCAGCGCCAGUCGCCGCAGCAGCAGGGCGGUGGAGGCUUCUUCUUUGCCAACAACAACCGGAGGAACGGAGGAGGUCGUUCGCCCCAAGGAGCUAUGCAGGUGCGACAGUCACCGGCCACCAUUUUGGGUGGAGGCUUCUCGCCGGGAAUCGUCGGAGGAUCGGCUCGCAAGCAGAGGAAGAGCCCCUCGUUGGGCGGAAAGAUAUCGCCUCAGCACCAGAUGCAGCAGCAGCCGCACCCACUCAUACCCACCGCACUGACGCAUUUCGCGGGCAGCAAGUGCUUCGAUGCACCAGCUCCAACGGCGCUGCCCAAGCCUCCCCAGCACUGGACACUGUCCAGGUCGGAGGGUAAGCUUCCCAUGACGAUGCCGUCGAUGCCCAAGUUCCAGGUGCCGAUGCAGACGGGCCGCUCGAAGCGGAAUCUCCUCGAUGACUUCGACACGCACAACCUGAAGCUGCUGCUCAAUGUGCAGUCGUAACCACACUGGUGCUGGAGGAUCAGUGUCUGGAGCAGGGAGGCAGGAAGAGUAUCUGGAUCUAGAGCUGGAUCUGAAGAUGGAUCUGGAGGACCGACAUGAAUGGCUAAAACACCCGGUGGACCCCGAACCCGUCAAUGAGUUGCAAAAAAAUCGAAAUGAACAUAAAACCAACAAAAAAAAAUUAACAAAAACAUAAAACAAAAAAUGGAAAAUGAAAAAACCUUUACAAAAAAAGCGAAAACAUUUCAACUGGAAAUUUGAACUUUUUUAAACAAAAACAAAAAAAAAAAAACAAGAGUAAUGUUUGUGAUCUCAAGUGUGUAUCAUAAAACAAUUAAACCAAUUUGAGAAGCUAUAAAGGGAGAAAAGAAAAACUGUUUCAAGGAAAACUGAAAGUAAACAGACUACAAACACACAAACAACUGUCCUCACAACCGACCGACAAAUGAACAUCAACAACGACAAUGAGAACAAAUAAACACAGCGAAAAAGAUGCAAAAUUCCCCGCUAUAUAGACAAACCCCCCAAUCUCCACUGUCAACUUCAAUGCGCAAACUUUAUUGAGACAGCCAAUCGACAAACUGCAACCAGUACAACACCCAAUGGAAGCCUGGCUAAAAUACAAGGAAAACCAAAUGGAAAGAGGACUUAAACUAAACGGAGGAAAAACCGAGCAGAGGAAGGAGAACUUUAUAUGUCUAACAACGGAUACUUCACAACUGAACAUUGUUUUAAACGUGAUACGCAAAUAGACUUGAAAAUUAAUUAAUAAGUAAAAUUAUAAAUAUAAUAAUAUUUAUGAGUAAUUCAAAAAUGGACGCUAGAAGCGCAACAUAACGUACAGUUUAUGUUUAUCCCCCGAAAAGCGGACAAAAUGUGCAACGUACCUUAAAUGUUGAUAAAGAAUAAAUGCAAAGGGCAAAAAAAGCUAUCAGAGUAUAUUCAAGAGACACGAUAAUACCUACUAACUGAUAAUAAUAAUAAUGCAACUACUAUAAAUCGUAUACCCACCAAAUCACAAAGACUAAUUCAAACAAAAACUCAACGACAACAACUCAACGCAGCCGCCGCAGCAGAGCAGCAGCAGAGCCGCAGCGCAAAAUGCAUUCAACUUGCCUAUGAAAAGCAAAUCAACAUCUGUAACUCUCCUCUACCUUAAGAUAAAUUGAUCCACUAUUGUAUUGUAAUUUUGACCAACCUAGAUACUUCCAUUACUUUUAGUUUUACGUCGCGCGAGAGAGAAGCAAUUGCCCAAAAAUACUGAGCUACAUAUGCGCACUGCGAACAUGUUUAAUUAUUCUUAAUGUGUAAUUGCAAAAUGGCUUUAAAAAAUUCUAAUUUAAACAUUCUUGAAUUGUACAUAGAAGGGAACAACGCUAAAAUGUUCAAAUAAAAUUUUCUAAAAACGAGAAAUCGAUAAACAAUAAGAAUAAGAUCAUCAUAAGAUGAGCACUUGUAAAUGUGUUAGCACGCAAUUGGCGCAAGCAAGAUUUUAUUUAUUCCAAAAUAUGUUUGAUCUUGCGCCGAGCGGAAACAAUUGUGAAAACAACUAAAAACUAUAUAAGUUGCAAUCCCCAAAAGCGAUGGCUUUACGAGAGAGGAAAAGAUAUAGAUAUCGCGAGAUGAGGAAGAAAUGAAACUACUUUAUGUAAACUAUUCGUUGAUGCUCAAUACUGAAACACUUGAACCCAGUACCUUAUUUUCAUUAUUAGCAUUACUUAUUAAUUGUUAACAUUAAUAUGUAUGUAAAUUAUUUAAGCUACACCCCCUCCCACACUUCCCGAUCCCCAGCCAAUCCAAAGUUAUUUGUAUUUUGCGUAGAAAGAGGCAGCGUGAGUUUUGUUAUGUGUUUUUGCCAACUGAAUUGGCACCGAAGUGAUAAGCCAAAAACAAAAAGAACCCCAAAACGUAAUUGAUAGAGGAAAACCCCAGAAAUAAGAACGCACUUGAGUUUUGUUUACGCAUAUUGUUUAACUUCCUGAACCAGCUAAAUUAUGAAACGAGAAAGAGAGAUGAAAAGAUAUGAAACUAUAACAAAACACUCGAUGAUAGUUUUAAAAAUGUUGAAAAGCCAAAAAAGUCAAGUACUGUUUAGGUUUACUGAGCAAGUUGUCAUAUAUUGGUAGCUUUAAAGCUUGUAUCUUCAAGUUACACUACAAGUACACCCCAUCCACAUACCCACUACUUAGAGUAUUGAACCGAGCGAGGGUCACUCGAGCAGUGCUCGGGGAAUCCCCAGCUCACCCCCAUUUCCCCCCGCCCCAUACGAAGUACACACUACACACCCCACAGAGAAGAACUCAAAACUUGUCGCGCAGAAUUUUGCAUUUUUUUUUAAGUGUAAGCAAAACGUUUGUUACUUACUGGACGUCAGUUUAAGCAGAGAACAGCUUAGAUGUCAUUGAAGCAGGAUAGAUACAAAGCCUAUUUGUAAAAUUCAAAAAAAGAGAAAACCAUUUAAAACAGACCAAAACAGCCCCAGACUCGCCUGCUCUGCCUUGGACUUGUGGGCACAAACGUUCCGGCCCGCUGACUUUUUCAACACCAAUCAGUACAAAUUAAUUUCCAUUUCAAAGUUGGGAGCCCGAAACAAGAUCGCUCGCGGAGCUCUCCGUGCGAGUCCAAGGCGUUUGUGUCCCCCACCCAAGGCAACUGCGAGUCCAAGGCCCCUGAAAUUAUGAUUCAAAUUCAAUUUUUUAAUUUAAACUUAAAGCGUAACGACGACGAUUCGACCAAGUUCGAAUAUUAUUUUUAACCUCUUUUAUUUAAGCCGAAACCAUGAUUCGUCGUUCUAAAAAACAAUGAAAAGAAAGCAACCAAGCACUACGUAUUUUUUUUAAUUUCUCCAUUGAUCUAAUUUACAAUUUAAUUUGCAAUUUUUUGUGAUACUUUGCUAUAUUUUUAAACCUGGUAUAUAUACAAAUUAAUACAACUGAAGAGAAAACGAUUAAAUAAAUACCCACACCAUUACCUUAAAUGGACCAUUAAGAUGAAUGCGAAUAUGAAGAGCAAACUCGCCAUUCAAUAUUUUAAUUAUAGAAACGAUUGUGAAUAAAAAUCUGAGAAGAAUUGUAAAGCAAUAUUGGAAAUGUGUUAAAUCCAAGUCAACUUUUAAAUUUUGAGAAAAAAGAAAGAAAAACCCGUCAAACCAAACAACAACAAAACAAUAGAA